CAUGGGCAGCUGGCGGCGCUGCGGUUCCACCUGGCUAGCCAGCGGUCGGAGGCGGCUGCUGAGGGCGCCCAGUUGGCAGCAGCUGCGGCAGAGAGGGAGGCGGAGCUGCAGGCGCGGCUGAGGGAAGCCCAGCAGCACUACGAGGCCCUGUCGGCCGCCGCAGCAGCGGAGGCGGCAGCAGCGGAGGCGGCCAUGUCUGGGCUACGGGUGCGGGUGGCCGGCGGGGAGGCGCAGGUGGCGGCGCUGGGGCAGCAGCUGCAGGAGAGCAGGGAGGCGGAGCAGCAGGCGCGGGAGGCGGGGUACGAGCUGGGUCGAGAGGUGGAGGAUCUGGCAUGGGAGCUGGGCGCUGCGCUCUCGGCAGCCGCCGCUGCCACCCGGCCGGAGGAGGAGAGCCGAGCAGCCGCUGUCAUCACAGCUAGCGGCCGCCAGUCGGAUUCCGAGACCAUUGCCCUCACCACCGAGGUAACCCAGCUGCGGACGCAUGCGGCCUCCUUAGAGCACCAGCUCGCGGCCGCCGUACAAAAGUACGACACCGACAUGCGUGCCGUACGGCAGCAGUUGGCUGCAACGACCUCGGAAGCGGCUUUCCUGGAACGCAAGCUUCAUGCAGCAGACGCGGCGGCCGCUGCAGCAGUGGCUGCGGCGACUCGAGGAGAGAUGGAGAGGGAUCUCAGGCUACAGCAGCAGCAGCAGGAGGAGGAGGAGCAGGAGGAGGAGGAGGAAGGGAUGUUGCGGGCGGCGCAUGUGGCGGAGCUGCAGGCUGCUAAGAGUCGGGAAGGGGAGCUGCUCAGGGAGCUUCAGGAGCGGGAGGCUGCCCUACAGGCCUCCUGCCGCCAGCUGGCCGCCCACCGCUCCGAGGCUGAGCAGCUGCGGGCUCAGGUGGCGGCGGCGGUGGCAGCAGCUGCGGGCGAGCUAGAGGAGACGAAGCGCAGCUAUGAGGCGCGGCUGGCUGAACAGGAGGCGCGGAGGGGCCAGGAGCUGCAGGAUCUCCGUCUUGCGCUCGAGUCCGCCGCAGCCUCGCGAGAGGCUCAGCUCCAACAACGCCUGGACGCCGCACGAGCCGCUCGUUCCGCCGCAGCAGCCGCGUCAACCGCUGCAAAGACCGCAGCCCGGCAGGCAGAAGCCGCCCGGGCUGCCGCUGAGGCGGACAAGCAGGCCGCGGAGUCCCAACGCCAGCAGCUGCAGCAGCACCUGGACCUAGCCCGGUCUGAGCUGUUGGACAUGGCAGUUAGAAGGGAUGAGGCGGCUGCGGCGUUGCAAGCUUCGGAGGCUGAGGUGGCGAGGUUGCGGGAUCAGCUCGCUGCUAUGGCUGCUGCUGCCUCCUCAAUGCAUGCUGUUGAUGCGGAUGCAGGUGCCCCGCUGACCCAGUCAUCAACCCAACAACAGCAGCAACAACAGCAACAGAAGCAGUGGGGACCCUCGACCCAACAGCAGCAACAGCCGCAGCAGCAGCAGGGGCAAUGGGAGCGGGAUGUGCGGUUGGCGGCCCAGCUCAAGUCCAAGCUGGAAGCCAGGUGGCAGGAGUCCCACGCAGCUGAACUGGAGGCGCUGCGGGCGCAAGUGGCGGAUUUGCAAGGGGAGCUGCAGAUGCAGAGGCGGCGGGAGAAGGAAGAGGAGGAGAAGCAAGGAGGGGAGCGUGCUGCGCAGCUGCAUGCCGCAGUGCAUGAGGAGGCACAUGCGGCUGACCUGGUCUUUCCAGACAAAGAGGCACUUGCGGCUGAACUGGCUGCGGCUAAGGAGGCGCAUGCCGCCGAGGUUGCGCGACUACUUGAGCGACAGACAGCCCUGGAGGCAGCGGCGGUGGAGGCGGCGGAGGCGGCUACCUUGCCCUUGAAGGCGACCCAUGAUGCAGAGCUGGCAAGGCUGAGGGAGGCUUACUCGAGCCGGAUGGCUGACCGGGAGGCCCAACUUGGCGUCCAGAUGGCUCAGCUAAAGGACGGCCAUAUCACAGAGUUGGCGCAGAUGGAAAGUCGGCACUCCAGGCAGCUUGCAGAGCGGGAGGCGGAGCGUCUGAUGACCCAUGGGUCGGCGCUGGCACAGCUAGAGUCGCAGCAUUCGCGGCAGUUGGCGGCGCUAACCGCCGCUCACAUGGCGCAGUUGGCGGAGCGGGAGGAGGCUCUGCGGGUGCAGUUUUCCGCGCAGAUGGCCGGCUUGAAGGAAGGGCAUGCGGCUGAGAUUGCGCGAUUGGAGGCUCGGCAUAGGGCCCUGGUGGAGGAGCGUGAGGCGGAGGUGGAGGCGAAGCAUGCAGCAGACGUGGCUGAACUGCAGCAGCUGCACACGCAGCAGUUGCGGCAGCUGGAGUCUCAGCUUGUGGUGCUCAAGGAACGCCACGCGACGCAGCUGGCGGAGGUAGAAGUAGCCGUACGGCAACAACAACAGCAGCAGCAGGUGACGGCGGGGAGGACCGUUGACUCCGCCUCUGACAGUAACACACCGGUUACGAAAUUUACUCGCACAGGUGCAUUCACUUCCUCUCCCUUUGGUGGUGAGGCGGAGGCAGCCUCUGAAGACUCAGCAGCCGAUUUCAUCGACGAGAUUGGACUCCCCCUCCCGCCUUCUAUUUCUAGAAAUUCAUCCUCCUCCAAUUCAUCCUCCUUCCGGACCUCCAAGGCCAGAAUUGUUUCCUCUACUUCCGCCUCAACAUCGACUGGUGCCGUAGCGGUGCCGGCUGCCAUAGCGCCCGCUCGCAUGGCGGCGCAAGACACAGACGUUUCCUCCUCCUCCAGUACAGCAACAGCCGCGGCAGCAGCAGCAUCUGGCAGUGGUUCUGCCUUCGCGGCCAAAUCGCGGUUGUGUGAGGUGAAGCGCUGGCUGCGGGAGGUCGGCGGCGAGCGGAUGCCGGACUUUGGGGACCGCGGUGAGGCGGCGGCGCUAGCGUUCCAGCUGGCCGCGGUACGACAAGAGACCCAGUCGUCGGUGGCGAGUGCGGUGGCAGCAGUGCGUGAGGAGCAGGAGGCCAAGACAGCAGCUCUGGAAGCACAGGUUGCGGAAGCUUACGCGGAGCUUCAACAGCAGCAAAAUAUCGCAGCAGAACUCCAAAAACGCUUGCAAGCAGCCGAGACGGCGGUUUCAGAGCGUUGUGCGGCUGCCGAGUCGGCGGCGGCUGAGGCGGAGACCCAGCGGAGGCGCCUGGAGGAGCGGUGUACUGCAGCCGAGGCGGAGCUGGCGGCGGUACGAAGUGAGUAUGUACGGCAGGUGGCGGCGGCGGAGGCGGAAUUGUACGACACUCGGCAGAGGUACGAGGCAGCACUCGUGGAGCGGCAGCUGAGGGUGCUGGAGGAGGUGGCCUCGAGGAGGGAGGAGCUGGAGGCUAGGGAGGAGGCGUUAGAGGCGGAGAAGCAAGCCAUUGCCGAGCGUUACCAGCGGCAGUUUGCGGGGGCUCUAGCGACCCAUGGGUCAGAGAUGCAGGCUUUGAAGGAAGCCCAUGCAUGGGAGCUUACGGAGCGAGAGGCGCAGCACAAGCAACAGGUGGAGGAGCUAACCGCCCAGUUAACCGCUCAGCUAGCCGCCGCUCUCGAGGAAUCUGAGGUCCGGGAGCAGCACCUCGCAGCCGACCUGGAGUUGCAGCUGGCGGCGGCCAUGUCUGGGCACUCGGAGCAGUUGGCGGCUGCUGCGGGUCGGCAUGCGGAGCAGUUGCAGGAGCUGCAGGAGGCGCAGGCGGAG